AUGAUCAGAGAGCUCACUGUAGAGGACACUGGGACGUACCAGUGUGGAGUUGAUAAAUUGGGAAUAGACAUUUACACACCGGUGGAACUGAAGGUGAAGGAAGAUCUGUCCUAUGAGAAGUCCAUCAGUAAGACUGUCCAUGUAGGAGGAGAUUUGAAUAUCAGCUGUAAAUACCCAGAAUCCCUCAGGAGUGACCCCAAGAUUCUCUGCAAGACGAGGCUGCAACGUGCUGCUUGUUCUUAUAAAGAAUCUGUUAAAGAAAGUAGAAAAUACCUAAAUAAGGGGAAAUUCUCCCUGUAUGAUGACAGAGAAACACAAAUGUUCACUGUGAGUAUUAGAAAUGUAACUGAGCAGGACUCUGGUGAAUACUGGUGUGGAGCUGAAGCAGCCUGGACAUCUGAUCAUGGAUACCAGGUUUAUUUCACACAGAUCGACCUGACAGUUACUGGUGAGUUUGUAGAGACAUGGAGACACGUUGUCUCAGUCAGUAUUUCUGAAGUUCCACACAGAGAGAAUGUACACUGUAUUGUGUUGCAUCUGUGCUGCUAUCAGUCAUUUACUAGAGACUCACUUAAUGUCUUUCAUUAUCUAACUAAACUUUUCACUGCUUUAGAGCCACGUGUUCCAGUUUCAGCCUCGAGACCAACACAACCAUCAUCAUUAUCAUCAUCAUCUGAGUCUACUCCAGCUUCUCCUCCAGCAGGAUUUCCAACUUCCAUUGUGAUCACUGUGUCUGUAAUUCUGCUGCUGCUUCUGAUUGGAAUCAUAUUCCUCUUUGUGAUUCUACAUAAGAAAUGCAGGAUACAAGCAGGUACAGCUUCUAUUGGCGAGUGUUCUGUCCAAGGCUCAGGAAAUGACCAAGAGGAGGUUAAAGACACCAGACGCCUGUCUGCCUCAGACGCUGGAAAAAUUUACUGCAAUGUUCAACUACCCACAAUCCCCUCUGAUCCUCCUCAAAAUGUUUAUGCCAACAUGUAGUUGAAACGUUUAUUCUACUGCUCAAUUACCCACAAUCCCCCCUGAUCAGGAAAUCUACUCCACAGCUCAGUUACCCACAAGUCUCUCUGAUUCCGCAGCCAGUGCUGAUCAGCAGUUAGUUGAGGAAUCUGCUGAAGGCCUGAAUUAUGCAGCAGCCACCAGCUCUAAUGAUGCAGUUCCAAAGAUGAUCUGUCAGAAGCAAGCGAUAUCAUAUGUCUAUGAUACAGUCAGUCAUGUUAAUUCAUGUGGCUAGUUUAUAAUUAUUUUGUCUCUAAUCAUCACCAUCAUCAUCAUCAUCAUCAUCAUCAUCAUCAUCAUCAUUAUUCCAUCCAUCCAUUCAUCCCAGUCGGUAUUUUUCAUCUUAAGUAACUGUGUCCUGGUCAGGUUUGCAGUAGAUCUGGAGCCUUGGAACACUGGACGUGACGCAGGAGUACACCCUGGGAGGAACACCAGUCCACCGUAGCUUCUGGUAUUUUCUCUAAUUUUACAAUAAGUACAGAUUGUGAUUUUUCUUUAAUAUGAUCACUGCUUGUGGCUAUAUUCAUCUUUGUAUUUUCAUCCAUUUUGAAUAGCUAUAUGAACGUAUUGUAUGUACUGAGUGUGGUGUGUAUUGUAUGUGUGGUCCAUGGUAUGUUUGGAAAGAAAUGCUGUAUGUAUUAAUAUAUGGAGAAUGGUAUGAAUUGUACUGUAUAUAGGAGUAUGAUUUUAAAUAGUAUCUUUACAGAGAGUGAGUGCUAGAAGAAAGAGAGAAGUGGAGACAUUCGUCUUAUCUUAACCCCAAAGUCUCAAAAUCAGCUUGACCCGCUCACUUCACUUUUUGUUCACGUUGUUCAUUUUUACUUUGUCUUAUAGUGACCACACUCAUUAUUACUGCUCUGCGUACUUAUAUCAGCCAUCCUCAUGCCCUCUGUUUCAUAAUCAAGACUCUGAUUCUGUCGUGUAUGCUUCUUCAGAUAAAGGCACACAGUGUAUUUUUGUCAUUCAAAUAAUUUUUUUAUGUUGAAUUCAUUAUGGACUGUUCACUUUUGAUGUUUUCAGCAGGAUGUUAUGCAAUAAAUAAUUUUGAAACUUU